AUGAGUGAAAACUACCAACAACGAUCUGCACCAUUCCACAAACGUAUUGAUGAUCCAUGGAUCGCUUUGAUUGUUUUAUCAAUAUUCAUAUUAGUUGCAACUAUUAUCGCCAUAAUUACAUUAUGUAUAUUUUGGAGAAAGCACAAGCAACGUACUUUAUUCAAUAAUGAAAGUUAUACCUUAAAUUCUAAACCAGAUCAGUUGCAAAAUCAGAAUUAUUCGACAAGACCAAAGAAGUAUGAAGUACAGAGUGUGGAAGUAUAUGUACCUGAUGGAGGAGUACCUGAUAGAGAUUUAGGUGAAAUUCAUGCACGUUUUACACCGAGAGAAGGAAUUCAAAAUGUUCAUCAUUUACGGCCAAUGGACGAAAACACAAGAGACAGGAUUAAAGCUUAUUUGUGA